AUGGGUGAAACAUCCAUAAAGAAAAGUAAUUUCCUCAAAUUAAAACGAAAGUAUGGUGAAGAAGAGAAAACAGACGAAGAUGUGAAGAGAACGAAAGUGGAUCUCGAGGACGACACAAAGUUAUGGAAAAAUAUAGCUGUUGCGAGCAAGGAACAACAAGAGAAACCAGAAGAUUACUUGUUGAAACUCAUUCUUCAGUUAGAGAACGGUUUAUCCAAAAACAUUCAUCAUGAAAUCCUACUUUUUUCGAAAAGUUAUAAACCGAAAGGAUCAGAAAGUGCCAAACAAAUCGUUUUCCUGCUUUUCAGCGCCGUGAAAAUAGUAAAUCGUAACGAAACUAAAUCUCUGCUCUUAAGCAUAAUUCUUCGUUAUUUACCUAAACUUGAUGAUAUCAGCAAAAGAAACUAUUUAUUGAGCUUGAUAGAAAGUGGAAACGGAAUGAAUUUACUCGACGAUAGUUUGGAUCCUUUCAUUUUGAAUAUAAUCACAUACGGGUUGAAAGAAAGGGUUUUGGAGCCUGAGGACCUGAACGAUAUUGUUCUACGUUGCGCCAAAAGAAACCUUCGGAACUACACAUCCUCUAGUGCGCGCAUAGCUGCGAUUCAAUUUUACGUCGAAUCUUUCUCAAUAAGUAAUAAAGUAUGUAAUUGUCAGUUCUUGGAAGAAACAUUAUGUCAACUUAUGGAUGACAGAGACUCUCGUGUUCGAUUAACUGCGGUUAAAGGUGUUUCAAUGAUCUUGGAGAAGAAAGAUACCCAGCUAGGGUUGAAAACAUAUAAGGCUAUGACGAAGAUGAUGUCAGAUAGUGAUCGUCAUAGCAGAGUAACAGCUCUCAGAAUUAUUUUGUCGUUUGCUAAUGCUACACCUGAAGUGAAAGUGCCGAUGAAUUUCAACAAGAAUGAACAAGUAUUCCUCACAGAUGAUGCUUUCUCGAUUGUUUGUCAUGCAAUAAAUGAUACAGAGGUGAUGGUACGUACUGAAGCAGCUAAACUGUUAGGUCAAUUCUCUGCCGUCUCUGAUGACUUCCUCGAUCAAACUCUGGAUAAAAAGCUGAUGAGAGCUGUUCAGACAGCCACUGGUACUGUUGUUAGAAAAGAAGCUGUAUCCUUAUUCACAAUAACAAAACAAGCUCCUCCACCCAAAAGAGGGGCCGAUGGAUCUAGAUGGAAGAGCUUUCAACAAUCUCGAGAAAGAAAAACACAAUAUGCCGAUGAAUGGGCAAGUGGCAAAGAUCUGAACGCUCCUUGUCCGACUGGAGAGGUAAAGACUAUUGAGGAAGAUAGUAUUAUACCACAAGGCGCUUGUGGAGCUUUCGUAUCUGCAUUGGAAGAUGAAUUCAUGUCGGUUAGAAAAGCUGCAGUUUAUUCUCUUGGCAAGUUAGCAGCUCACCGACCAUCUUUUGCUACAUCUGCUUUGGAUCAUUUGGCUGAUAUGUUCAACGAUGAAAUUGCUUCGGUUAGAUUAGACGCCAUACAUGCUCUGACUCCGCUUGUUAUCCAUGGUCAGCUCUUGAAAGAACAACUGGAAGUCAUAUUAAAAUGUUUGGACGAUGCCAUGUGGGAAUCACGUCAAGCUUUGAGAGAUCUUCUCUGUAAAGCAGAGUUUGCUGAUUUGGACUGCAUGAAACUUGUUGUGAAAGCAUUAUUACAGUGUUUGCAUAGGUUUCCCGCUGACCGAGAGAAAAUAUAUAAAUGCAUGAGCCAAAUAGGCUCUAAUCAUGGAGUGUUCGUGCAUUGCAUGGUUAAUGGUCUACUCGACGUACACCCCAUAUUUGAUGCUCAAGAGCAUCCUAUUGAUGAUGUGUUUUAUACUGCUAAGUUGAUCCUAGUCUUGAAUGCCGCUGCAAAGCAUGAGCCUGUAGCUUCUCUUUUCCCUUACUAUGUUUUGCGCCAUUACCGAUUCAUGAGAGCUGCUCGACCCUCUCUCGUGCCCGCUGUUACAAGAAUCGAUGAGAAGCUUUUGCUCUCCUCAAAGGCGAUCACUACGAAAUCUGAUAACAAAGGAAACAAUGUUGAAGUUCUGUUAAAGACAUAUGAGCGUCUCCGGGAUGUUCAACUAGAGAGCUUGUCGCAUGACAAAAACGUUCUCCGCCAUUACAUUGCUGAGGAUUUAGCUGCCAUCAGUUCCUUCAACGCACCUCUUUCUGGAGCUGCGAACUUCCUAGUCAGUCUGUGUGAGGUGUUGUCCUCAUUGGAAUCAAUCCAACAGUCGGUAGUUUCUGGUGGUAACCUUCUUGACGUUGUCAGCUUACUUGAUGAGGAAAAAGUUCGUGUCAAGUGCUUGGCUUAUCAGUUUUCUAACUUGAAUAGUUCUUUAUUGAGUAUGUUGAUAGAAAUUGGGUUACAUUUGGAUAUUCUUAUGAUAAUGAUCCGCUUAACGAAAAACUCCGAAGAUUAUGCCAAUAUAAUCGAUGAUCUUCUGGAAAUCAUUAGUGUUUGUGAAAAACGUUGGAGUGAGUUGACUUCUCCACCUACAGCUGGAGCGCAAUCUUUAAUACGUACUAUUCAAGAUAAAGUAACAAACAUAGACGAGAAGGCCGACGUCAGUUCUGCCUAUUUUGGUAAACUCUUGCACUCAUAUGCUAUAGAAAUACCUGAAUCUCUACCUGAUAUAUAUAUGAUCCAAUGCAAAUGGGCCAAGAUUACUGAGCCGGAGAAAGAGUUCGCAGCGGAAAGUGCAAUGCGAUUUACUUCUGGUUUACCCAUAGCACUUUCUCUGGCAGCAGAUUUACACAAUUUAACUGAGGAAGAUGUUUCAACUUUACGGAUUCAAGUAGAUUACCCUGAUCAAUCAAGAUCUUUCCAUCGUCCAAGGCAAACUGAUUUUACUUCGAUUUCGAACAAAAGACUUUUGACGACCAAAGUUAUAUUAACAACUAAUACAUUUUGGGCGGAGUCGGCUUUGGCAUCUUUAACUAUCGUGCUUACCGCUGAUUCUGAUGGAAAUACUCCAGUACCCUUAUGUCAAUCACCUUCUUCCCAAGAACCUUGUCAAAUUCAAGUUCGAUUACAUCCGAUGUACAGAACAACUGAGUCGCAAAUUAGCGUAGGGCAGACUCCUAAGGACGCGCCAAACAUUAAUAGUUUAUCUCGUUGUUAUAUAUUGAAAAGAUUAACUAUGAAUCCUGAAAGAUGUGAUUUUCUAGCUGGAGAUGAAUUAAUCAAGAUUAUUCCUAGAUAUAACAUGGUGAAUCUAAGACUAGUAUGUGGAGAUUUUGAAAAUAUGGAAGCUGGAAUACCCACUAUUGUUCCCAUUUGGUUCGCUGUUUUAUUGAAAAAACGACAUCAAUGUCAAAUUGUCCCUCCUGCUUGGCUAAGUGUAGAAGAACUCAAACGACUUGUGGUUGUCGAAAGUGAAAUGAACGGUUUAGCAAAGCUUCCCAAUAGACUAUUUGAAAUAGCGCACAUAUUAGUACGGGAAGCUAAAGAAGACAUUGAAUCUGGUGAUCAGCUCAAAUCACUGAUACAAGACCUAUGGGAUAGAAGAGAGGCUAAAUUACGGUCAUCAUCAUUGAAAUUCAUAUCUCAAAAUGUAACGUCACAUGCUCGAAUGGACAAUGCCCAGCCCAUGGAGAUUGCAGGAGCUGGAGCUAGAGCUACGUUAUCAGCUUGUAAGCUGAUCGCAGGAUUGAUUUCGAAAAGUCAUGAUUUCGUGGAAUGA